AUGGCGGACGGCGCCAUGCCAGCCGCGCAGGCCCUCGCCUACGACCUCUGGAGCUCGUCGGUUGAUCCCGGAUUCUGGUCCCAGCUACGCUCAUUGAAGCUCGAAUCGCUCAAGCUGUCCGAGGAUCCCAUCAGCGUCGAGGGCACCGCGUCGCCGAGCUCCCACGACGGCGUGAACGCCCCGCUGAGCGUGCCCCAGAGUGCACUUGGAGGCUGGGUGGCGGUCUCACAGCCCGCCUGGCGGCAUCCUGUGCCCGGGGAGGUCGUCCCGCUGAACACUGUCGAGUCCUUGCGGACGUACGAUCGCGCUGAGCUCGAGAAACGCCUCACAGGGGCGAUAUGGGAGGCCGUUCGAAGCGGCGAGGCCUUGAGAUUCCCUGGGGCGCUGCUGCGCUUCGCCGCGCUGUCGUACGUCGACAUGAAGACCUUCCGCUUCUACUACUGGUUCACGUUCCCCGCCCUCGUCCCUCAGGCGCCCUUCCGUGCGCCUCCACCCGUCGCGCUGGCCGCUUGGCGACCCGUCGCCGACGACGCAGCGUGCGGCGCCGCGGCAAUCGCGGCAGCGUGCCAGACGUUCGCGAAGGAGCACCCCGACCAGCCUGCGUGGAUCGUGCGCACCGGGACCGGCAACACUGCCCCCGCGGCCCACCCGCUCGCUGAACUGGAGUCAGGUCUGACGCCCGGGGACAUCCUCGCGUUCAGCGACCCGUCCAGCCACCCGACGGCGCCCGGCUGGCCUCUGCUGAACCUCCUCGUCUGCGUCGCGGCGGUCCUCGGCGACCGUGCCCCUCCGGCCAUCGACGUCCUAAGCGUGAGGCUGCGGCGCGGGGUGGCGAGCGCGGAGGCGUCGCGGGUGUUCCAAGUAGACGUGCGCAGCGGGCAGGUGCCCCCGGCGAGCACGCAGACGUGGUCAGGGAAGCACGUGGCCGCCUGGGAGGCGGGGUUGAAGGACAAGCGGCGGCCAGGGCCACGUGUUGUGGACCUGAGUCAAACAAUGGACCCCCGGGCCCUCAUGGACUCCGCGGUCAAGCUCAACAUCUCCUUGAUGAAGUGGAGGGCGGUGCCAGAGCUCGACACGGAGGCGCUCGCGAACGCGCGCUGCGUGCUGUUCGGCGCAGGGACGCUCGGAUGCGCCGUCGCGCGCUGCCUGCUCGGAUGGGGUGUGCGGCACAUCACGCUGGUGGAUUCUGGCCGCGUGUCGUUCUCGAACCCCGCCAGGCAGUCGCUCUUCACGUUCGAAGAUUGCCUGGAAGGUGGAAAACCGAAGGCCAAGGCCGCCGCGGCCGCGCUGCGCGCCAUCCUGCCCAGCGUGACCGCAGAGGGCCACAGCUUGCUCAUACCCAUGCCUGGACACCCCCCCGGGUCACCGGAAGACGAGGCGACGCUGCGGGAGGCGUGGCGGACCGUCGACGACCUCGUGGCCUCCCACGACGUCACGUUUCUGCUCACGGACACGCGCGAGUCCCGCUGGCUGCCCACCAUCGCUGCGGCCGCGCACAACAAGGUUGCCAUCAACGCCGCGCUGGGGUUCGACUCGUACCUCGUCAUGCGCCACGGAGGGCAGCCGGGGGAGGCUGCGUCGUCGCCACGGCUCGGGUGCUACUUCUGCAACGACGUCGUGGCCCCCGUGGACUCCACGAGGGACCGCGCGAUGGACCAACAGUGCACUGUGGCGCGGCCGGGUCUCGCGCCGGUGGCGGGCGCGCUGGCCGUUGAGGUGAUGGCGGCGUGCCUGACGCACCGCGACGCGCCGCACCCGGCCGCCGCGCGCGCGUCGGACGCGGCAGCGGGCGACGGGGACGCGGCGCCUCUCGGGACACCCCCCCAUAUGAUACGGGGGAGUUUUGCGGACACCGCGCAGUCGGCCAUGACCGGGACGGCGUACUCGUGCUGCACGGCCUGCUCGGAAGCGGUCGUGUCGCGGUAUCGGGCGCGGGGCUGGGAUUUCGUCGCUGAGGCGUUGUCGCAUCCCGGAAAGCUCGAGGAGGUGUCUGGGCUGGCCGACCUCAAGGCUGGCGCGGACGCGUGCCUGCUGGGCGGCGAGGAGAGCGAUGGCGGCAGUGCGGGGCCGUCGGGGGCGCGCGAAAGCGCGGACGAGUGGGAGGCGCUGUGA